AUCUAAUCUACAUCUACUUGAUUCAUGGUUAUCAGAAGAAAAACUGAUUAUUGUGUUGUAUAGCCGGCCGUAAACCAUAUGUACAAUUGUUUGUUAUUUCAGCGUAAGGUAAAGUUGUUCGAUUAUUUAGAAGCUAUAAGAUUAUAGCUAGUCAGCUAUGGCAGAACAGUGCUUAAAGUCCAUCAAAGUCGGCUUUAUUGGAGGCGGAAAUAUGGCUAGUGCUAUAGGUGCUGGCUUAAUUCACAAAGGUAUAUUAAAUCCGGCUAACGUCUGGGUAUCUGGACGUACGGACAGAACGCAUGGGUUUUGGAAUGAGCUGGGUGCUCAUCCCACAUUGAAGAAUAACGAAGUCGUGAGCAAUUGUGACAUUAUAUUUUUGGCAGUGAAGCCACACAUGCUGGACGAUGCACUUAGCAGUAUCAUAGAAAACAAAACGGACAAGUUUCAGGACAAACUUUUCGUUUCAGUGCUUGCCGGGGUAUCCCUCGAUACCCUGUACAAUAAACUGUCUAAGAUUGUGGUUUUACCGAGAAUAAUUAGAUCCAUGCCAAAUACACCGAUGAUGGUUGGAGAAGGAAUCACAGUUUAUUGCAGUAAGUAUGUCGAGCCGGAGGAUCUGGAUCUGAUAGAUACAUUGUUCUCGUACAUCGGUAUAAGCCAAAACGUCCCGGAGAGUCUCAUGAACGCUAUUAGUGGUCUGUCAGGUUGUGGCCCAGCAUUUGUCUACCCUAUUAUAGAGGCGUUGGCGGACGGUGGUGUGAAGAUGGGUAUACCGAGGCCAAUGGCGACCAAAUUCGCGGCACAAGUGUUGGUAGGCGCUGGAAAAAUGGUACUCGAGACCGGGCGACACCCUGGUCAGCUGAAGGAUGAGGUCUGUUCGCCCGGAGGUACCAGUAUCACCGGUGUUCAUGCCAUUGAAGUGGGAGGAGUCAGGGCAUCUAUGAUGAAUGCUGUCGAGGCUGCUGUGAAUAAAACGAACGAACUAUCGUCUAAAUUCAACUAGUUUUCUUCGAUAUUAUUAUUAAUAUCUCGAGUUUACAUUAGACCAUUCUUAUAUAUACAUUGUAAGUGCAUAUCUGCACUAUAGAUUGAAUAAUUUUUUUAUACGCUUCUUUUGCACUUGAGUCGAACCAUAGCAUUUUUCUGUAACAGAUAAUCUGCGUGCGUAUGUGUGUACAGUUUAGGAUAAUUUGUUAAAAAAUAUACAGAUAAAAUAUAAAUAGUAAA